AUGGCAGCCGUGCGGGCUGUGCUGUUGAGCGACAUCCAGAGCGUCUUGAGUCUCGCGCGACAUCAGUAUGGGUACCUGAUAUCGAAGACUGCUAGCCUAGAGAUGGAGGAUGAAAGCCCCGUAUCGGUCUUACAAAGCCUUUUGACGCUUCGUGGACGUCUUCUGUAUUGCUAUGACGUGACCGAGUUGUCACCUCUAACCGUCAUAAAGCCGUUUCUCGAUGUGAUCCAACACAAUCACACCAGCAGCGCGGUGACGAGUGCUUCGCUACAAGCGCUGAUGAGUUUUGUGCAAUUGUGGCCAUGGGUAGACGUCCAGGAUGAGAACGUAGCGGCGGACACUGUGUCCGACAUUGUGGACGCAGUGAGCCAUUGCAGUUUCCAAGCAGAGAGCGUUGAAGGCGACCAGAACGCGCUCGUGCUUGUCGCCCACGUGUUGCACGCGGUUAUGCGCUCGCCUUACGGCGCUCGACUGUCAGACCACUCGAUGUGGCAGCUCGUGCAGUCGCUCUACGCUCUCAAUCGUGGCAGUCAGUCUGAUUCACGUGUCACGCUUCCAUUGCGUUCAACCGCCGCGAUUUUCCUACACGAUACAGUGACGUUUGUGUUUUCUAACCCUGCGAUAUAUGCGGAUUCUGCUUCCGCUGCUAAUACCGAGCCUUCGCUUGGAACGGGAUUUGGACUGCCUUGUGCAGUCAAAAUUGUGGGCUUUUUAUGCCAGAAAUUACACCAGCGAAACGAUUCGUCACCUCCCGAUUCGGAUGCCGCUAUAUCGUCUAUUGGAAGCACAAUUCGCCAACGUGAAGUGCUGCUAUCGUUCAGCUUACUCGAGUGUGCGCUGGUCGCUUGCGAUGCCGAAUUGAUUAUGGGUGUGUCGUCGCUGAUGUUUUUCAUCAAGGAUGAUUUGUGUAAAGCCGUUCUACGUUACUGUCGUCUAGGCGCUUGCGCGGAGCGGAAUAUUUCUAUCGUUUGUCUGAAAAUUAUCAGACUGUUAUGGUCAAAGCUUCGGUCAGAGAUCAAAAUGCAAAUUGAGGCAAUUUUUGAUGGCGUGUUUUACCACACGCUUUACUGGUGUCUGUCAAAUAUGAAUGUAAACAACCCAGAUUUUCCGCGUGGAGAUGAUGUAGCUCUAUCCGUAGAAAACAUGGACAGUCAGAGAGACGACAAGCCUGCUGCAUUGGUAGAGUCUGCGCUUGACGAUUUUACCGGCGACAUGUUGUCGAAGGUCCAGCUGUACAGCAUCUCGUUUGAAAUUUUUGACUGCUUAGUGGACCUGCUUGCUGAGGCAACGCUGCUUACCGACUUGUACGUCAACUACGACUGCGAUGAUAAUCGCUGUGACUUGACGCAGACUUUGUUUGGGCUACUUUCGCAAGUGGCUCAGCAGUCCCACGUUGCUUGUUUUGAGUCACACGAAGAAUCGCACUUUCUUUGGGCUCAAGCGAUUGGUGAGAUUGCCCUUCGAGGACUGUACAAUUCACUCCACGUCGUGUAUACCCGAACGCAGCAAAACGUGCCUGUUCUGGAUGGUAAAGACAGCAGUGGAUCGAGCGACAAUGAGGACGCGCUUGAAAUCAAGGAGGACAAAGAAUGCUUACUAACUGGCUCCGAGCUUGUUUCAGCAGUAGCACUGUGCAAAAAGCAAAAGCGUAAAAAGUUCUUUCAACGCGGCAUUCAGGAGUUCAAUCGAAAGCCAUUGGCGGGAAUCAAGUACCUGCAGCAGAACGGCUUCCUGCCUAUCCCGCUCGACAGCAAGUCUUUUGCCAUGUUCCUUCGAUCUCUUCCUCAAGAUUUAAGCAAAACCUCGGUCGGUGUAUACUUGGGUGCAAUAGGCAAGGAAGUGAAGGGCUUUGAGAAAAGCGAUAUCCAUGAAGCCGACACUAUCGACUUUCACCGUGAUGUUCUUACCGACUUUGUGCGGUCGUUUAAUUUUGAAGGAGAGAGCAUCGUUACUGCGCUGCGUAUGUUCCUCGCAAGUUUCCGUCUUCCAGGAGAGGCUCAACAAAUUGACCGCAUACUCAACGCCUUUUCGCUGCAAGUAUAUGAACAGUGCCGGGAGCGAUUUGUCAUGGCUUCAAUGGACGUAGCAUAUUUGCUGUCAUUCAGUCUGAUAAUGCUCAACACAGAUUUGCACAAUCCGAAUAUCCGAGGUGACAAGAAGAUGAAGCUGGCUGACUUUAUCAAGAACAAUAAAAACUAUGGUCACGAAGUUUCCAAUGGCCUCGAUUUGCCUGAGGACUUCUUGGCAGAACUAUACAACGCUAUUGCAAAUGAGGAGAUUAGGACGUUCGAAGACGGUGGCAAACACGGUGAGGUGACGAGCGUUCGAUGGAAAGACUUGCUCAAUCGAGCAGAAAGCGAUCCGCGCAACUCGCGUUUGAUCAUGCUCCGUCCGUCGUUACGUUUCCAGUCGUUACGCGCCCCCUGCAGUAUUGGAGCUGCCAAAAGUUCCGCGUCACCCCCAGUACCUGGCGUUAUGCAAUCGAUGACGCAAACUCGACGAGUGCCAAGUGUUUCUAGCCCCACUAACGGAGCUGCCAAGUUGCACGAAAGUGACACCACAUGGAAGCAGCGAGAUGAACUGAAGUCUCGCUAUGCUUCGUCAGGUGAUCAGUAUGAUCGCCACAUUUACGAGCUGGUGCAACAAAAUCUUGUUCGGGCGUUCAGCAGCGUGUUUCAACAAUUUGUCGUGGAUUCUCAAGCAAGAGAUGCAGCUCGGGGCGAAGACCUCUCAGUAGGUAGCGGCUAUGAGAUGCACUAUGUUCCUCAGAAAAGUGCUUUGCAAUUUGCAUGCAAUGGUCUUGUGCUAUGUGCAACGGUAGCAUAUCAUUUGUCGUUGGUGGAGUACUGUAACUCUGUGUUCGUCCGCCUUUGCAAGUACACGGCGCUACUUUCGUCGGACAUUUAUUCCGUGGGGUACAACGGCCGCGAGAACGGUGCUAGGGUGUAUUGUGACAACCAGAGUGCUCCAGUCGCGACUGCAGCUGUACUCAAACUUCUGAGCACAUGCAGCUUGUUGCUCCGUAGUCGCUCUUGGAAGUAUUUUUUUCAUGUUGUUAAUGGCUUGCGUGAAUUUCAUGUUGUCCCGUCUCGGAUCUUGUAUCCUAGCGAUGACAUGAAAUCGGAGUUAAUGACGGCCAAGGAACGUCUAGUGUUCAUUGACCUGGUGUACCAAAAUAAAGAAAAACUAGACCGAAAGACUGCACUUAGCGCACAAGACGAGGACGGUGGUAAUGGCGAUGCGGGUGGCUUUUUUAGCAGUGUCGCGUGGCUGCUAUCAGCUAUCGACUCCAGUGUUGGCAGUUCGGCAUCAACAUCUGGUACGACGACAAGUUCUCAUUGUUCUCCCUGGUAUCAGCUCAGUCCGGCUGAGCUGGCUUCUCACGCUGAUGACCUUAUUCUUGGAGAAAAUGCGCCUGCGGCACACACAUUCGACAGUGAACACGACCCGAGGAGUGAAGUCGGCUCCGACCAAUGGAUUCGGACAUCACUGGAGCCUUACCGACUCGACUUUUUGUACAAGACGUGGCUGGCUUGCCUCAUCGUGUCCUUGCUGAAGUUAUCGAGGCAUUGUGUGAUGGAUUACAUCAAACACUGCAAGGUGCUGAUGCGCAAAAAGACCGAAAAGAAGCUGCUGAGCUGGCGCUCAGCCAAGGAGGCUGCGUGUUAUUCGAGCAUCUAUUGUGCCAGAUAA